GAGAGAGAGAGAGAGAGAGAGAGAGAGAGAGAGAGAGAGAGAGAGAGAUGGGGAAGAUCAAAGUCCUGAUAAUUGGUGGAACAGGCUACCUGGGAAAGAGAUUGGUGGACGCGAGCUUGAAGCUAGGGCACGAGACGUACGUUCUGCACAGGCCGGAGAUCAGUGUGGACAUAGAGAAAGUGCAGAUGCUGCUGUCGUUCAAGGGACGAGGCGCGAAACUUGUUCCGGGCUCUUUCGGCGAUUACCGGAGCCUCGUCGACACGGUUAAGCUGGUGGAUGUGGUUGUGUGCGCAAUCUCCGGCGUGCACAUCCGGAGCCACCGCAUUCUUCUUCAGCUCAAGCUUGUUGAUGCCAUCAAAGAGGCCGGAAAUGUUAUGAGGUUCUUGCCAUCUGAAUUCGGAACUGAUCCCGCGACAAUGGACAAUGCAAUGGAACCUGGAAGGGUGACAUUCGACGACAAAAUGGUGGUGAGAAGAGCGAUCGAGGACGCCGGGAUUCCGCACACGUACGUUUCAGCGAAUUGCUUCGCUGGCUACUUCCUCGGCGGUCUAUGCCAACCGGGGAAGAUCCUCCCAUCUACAGACUCUGUGGUGUUGUUAGGAGAUGGUGACAAAAAAGCAAUAUACGUUGACGAAGACGACAUCGCCAUGUACACCAUGAAAAGCAUAGACGACCCUCGGACUCUCAACAAGACUGUGUAUCUCAGGCCACCUAAGAACAUCCUGUCUCAGCUCGAAGUUGUCGGGAUCUGGGAGAAACUCAUUGGGAAAGAUCUGCAGAAGUCUUCCAUCUCAGCUCAAGAUUUUCUGGCUUCAAUGAAAGAGCAAAACUACGCGGAACAAGUCGGGUUGACGCAUUACUACCAUGUGUGCUACGAGGGAUGCCUCACGAAUUUCGAGAUCGGAGAAGAUGGCGUUGAAGCAUCCGAGCUCUAUCUGGACAUAAAAUAUGUCACGGUCGAAGAGUACAUGCGGCGCUAUUUGUAGCCGGGAAUUCACUGUCAUCUGCUGCGUCAGAACUAUUCAUCGAUCAUACAAUAAUCAUGUUGAUUUACGAUACUUGCAUUCUUUCUCAUGAAAGCAAAAUGUAAAAUCACAUAACUCUGAUAUAAUAAAGUGAUUUGUCAUGUCUCUUCUAGAAAUCAAA